AUGGGCUAUGAUACACCUGUAGGAUUGAAUGGAACUUCGUUCUUACCUGGAGGUCAAAAACAGCGUAUUGCUAUUGCACGAGCUCUUUUUCGUAAUCCAAAAGUUUCAUUACUUGAUGAAGCAACAAGUGCGUUGGAUGUACAUAAUGAAAAGCUUGUUGAAGAAUCGUUGAAUGCUGCACGGCAAAAUAAUCCAUCACGAACUGUUAUUAUUAUUGCAUAUCGUCUUUCUACUAUUCAAUCAUGUGAUCUUAUUUGUGUCCUUGAUCCUAACGGACGAUUAUUGGAAAGCGGUACACAUGCAGAACUAAUGGCACAUGGCACUGCUUAUCGUAGAUUUGUACUUGAUCAUAUGUGA